GGGGGGUGGGAGAGGGCGGCGUGUGCGGCCUCCCCUUUUCUCUCCACGCGCUUCUCCAUAGGACGUGGAGCUUAGCCUUAAUAAAUGGCCGGACCUGGGUUCGAAUUCCGCACUCGGCCAUUAUGCUAACCUGGGGUGGCCGUAGCGGGGCCGGACGCUACCUCUCUCAGCCCAACCUAACCUACCUCGCAGGGUUGUCGUGGGGAUUGGGGGAGAAGGGGGAGAGCCAUGUAUGCCACCUCGAAUUCCUUGUUGGAGAAAAGGGGUAUAAAUGCAGUAAAUUAAUAUUAUCGCCUUCCCCGCCCCCGCGCCAAAAUAGUCUUUUCUUCAUUGCAUUACUCCUACAGUUAACAGUAUGCGGGAGUUUACUUCCCAGGGGUGCCCAUUUGGACUUUCACCAAACUGCCUUGCCUCUCGUAAAUUGAUUAGUGGCAGCAUGUAGGUCUUCUGCUCUUGUGGGUAUGAAUGUAAAAAGAUUGGGCCCAAUCGCCCAUCUGGUCCAACUGGCAGCGGCCAGCAAGAUGCCUUUGGGAAACUUGCAAACAAGACCUGAGCACAGGAGCGCUUCUAUGAUUUCCAGCAGCUGGGACUCAGAAGCAUUACUGCCUGGGAUGGUGAAGUAGUGGAACCAUCCCCAAGAUAAAAGCUAUUUGCAUUUGGACAAGUUGACUACCAUUUUGGAAGUACUGCGUUUUCCACCCCCUUGAGGUACUGAUGGACCAAAAACAGUACAGAAAAAGGAUUCUCAUAGAAAUGAGCCGCUGCAUUGAGCUCACACAGUAUGCAUGUUUUUGCCUGGCUGUGAUUGGUCCGGACUCCAGCCUGGACCUAUCACAGUAGGACAUAAUCUUCCGACUUCCUUCCCGCCCGAGCACAGAGACCAGGACUCAGCAGGAGUCGGCACUGCAGAGAGGCCGGAUACUGCAGUGAUGGAAAAGUUUUUGAAAAGAAAAGAACUGGACUCUGAACAAAAUUUGGAGCCAGAUGAGAGCCCAAGUAUGAGUGGGCAUGAAAAGAAAGCAAAGAUGGUUAGCUCAAGCAAAUUCUCUGGCACAAGGAAAUAUAGCGAAAGCUAUAUUUCAUUUGGAUUUACUUUCACCGGAGAUGCAAACCAACCAACUCCACUGUGCGUGGUGUGUGGUGAAAAGCUAGCUAACAGUGCUAUGGUCCCAAGCAAACUUAAACGCCAUCUCCAAACGAAACACCCUUCGCUUCAAAACAAGAAUGCGGACUAUUUUGUUCGCCUGCGUGAAAACACGGAGAAACAGGCAACUUUCAUGAGACAAACCUCAAAGGUAAAUGAAAGAGGUCUUAAAGCUAGCUAUCACGUUGCUGAACUUAUAGCCAAGUCAAAAAAGUCGCACACUGUGGCAGAGACAUUAAUACUUCCCGCCUGCAAAGCUAUUGUAGAGGAGAUGCUCGGACCUGAAGCAGCUAAGGAAAUAGCCAAAGUCCCUCUCUCAAACAACACAAUUUCCAGACGUAUUAAUGACAUGUCUGCAGACAUUGAAAGUGUGGUUUUGGAAAAGAUCCAUAGCAGUGAGAAAUUUGCAUUACAACUUGACGAGUCUACUGAUAUCAGUGGACAUGCUCAACUCUUGGCCAAUGUGCGUUUCGUUGAUGGUGAUGCAAUUAGAGAAAACUUCUUUUUCUGCAAGGCAUUGCCAGAAAAAGCAACAGGAGAAGAAAUUUUUCGGGUCACAUCAGAAUACCUUGAACAAGGAGGACUUAAGUGGGAAAACUGCACAAGUGUCUGCACCGAUGGAGCUGCAGCCAUGGUCGGGCACACCAAAGGCUUUGUAAGCAGAGUGAAGGAAAGAAAUCCAGAUGUGAUUGUUACGCAUUGUUUUUUGCACCGUGAGGCCCUCGUAGCCAAGACUUUACCAGCAGACCUAGUUCAUGUGUUGGAUGAUGUUGUGCGCAUGGUAAACUUUGUAAAGUCACGACCCGUGAAAAGUCGCAUAUUUGCAGCUUUGUGUGAGGAGAUGGGAGCGAAGCAUAAAACCUUGCUGUUUCAUACGGAGGUCCGGUGGUUGUCGCGUGGCAAGGUCUUGGUUCGUGUGUAUGAGCUGCGGGAGGAACUUAAAGUGUUUCUGACAAAUGAGAGGACAGAUUACGCAAAACUGCUUGCAAGUGAUGAGUGGUGUGCAAGGCUGGCAUACCUGGCAGAUAUAUUUCAUCAUCUGAAUGAACUGAACACACGAAUGCAAGGCCGAAAUGAAAACCUGCUUACAAGUACAGAUAAAAUAAAUGGAUUCCGUUCAAAGGUGCAACUCUGGCAUCAACACGUGGAAAGUGGCAAUCUUGAAAUGUUCACACUCACCAAGCAAUGGCAAGGUGUUCACACUGCUGCACUGUGUGAGAUAAUAGGUAAACAUUUAAAAACUCUCGAGGGGAAGUUGUCAUUUUAUUUCUCUUCAGUCUCCACUGAAUGCCUUGACUGGGUUAGGGACCCUUAUAGCUCAGCAUCAGUUGGUGGAAAGGACAUGACUUUACAGGAGCAGGAGGAGCUAACUGAACUGAGACAAAAUCGUGGUUUCAAGCUAAGAUUUGCUGAUCUACCUUUGGACAGUUUUUGGUUGGAAACUGCCAAGGAGUUCCCCCUUCUGGCAAACAAAGCUAUUUUGACAUUGCAUUGCUCCCAUUUUCCACUACAUAUCUCUGUGAGUUGAGCUUUUCAAGCAUGAUUGCUAUAAAAACUAAAUACAGAGAGAGACUGAGAGCUGUUGACGAAGAGCUACGUGUGUGUCUUUCUUCGAUUCCAGCCAGAAUAU